AUGUCUGCUUCCACGCCGGGAGUCGCCACGAUCAUACAAUCCUCGGCCAAACACCCCCCCAUCCUAACUGCCAGCAAGAUCACUCCUGCUGUUGCUCACAUGUGGGAGAACGCCUGCCUUCAGUAUUUCAAACACAAUGAUGUCACCAAUGAUAAGAAGGUGGCCAAGGUUACGGGCAGCUUCCAGGAUGCUAUCAUUAGCGACUGGUAUUACAAUGACUCCGACACCUUCGACACAAUAAUGUGGAAAGAUUUCCUUGCCGCUUUCCAUUCUCACUUCCUCCCCAAGGGCUGGGACUCGGCUGUUCUAAUGCAACUACUCUGCGCUCGUCAGAAGGAAGAUGAGAGUUUCGAAGAUUGGGUCCUCAGCAUCGAAAAGCUGAACACCACUCUCCACGAUAUGAUCUCUUGUCUCGAUGAUGCCUGCCUCCACGCCCAGAUCUCUGCCAACAUCUGCGAAGAUCUUCGGUUCACCUGCAAUGAGGACGAGGUCAAAACCAUUGCCUCAUUCAAAGACUGGAAAGACAAACUUACCCAGCUCGACACCGUCCAUAUGCGCGAAUGA